AUGAUCAUUGAUGACAAACUGGAAGGAUUGUUUCUUAAAUGUGGCAGCAUAGAGUCUUCCAGGACAAUGGUUGUAAUGGGUGGAGUGUCUGGCCAGUCUGCCAUGUCUGGGGAACUGCAGGAAUCAGUGCUUCAAGAUCAGAGUAUGCCUCCCCAGGAGAUCCUUGCUGCAGAUGAAGUGUUACAAGAAAGUGAAAUGAGACAGCAAGACAUGAUAUCACAUGAUGAACUCAUGGUCCAUAAGGAGACAGUGAAAAAUGAUGAGCAGAUAGAAACACACGAAAGACUUCCUCAAGGACUACAGUAUGCACUUAAUGUCCCUAUAAGUGUAAAGCAGGAAAUUACUUUUACUGAUGUAUCUGAGCAACUGAGAGACAAAAAGCCAAUCAGAGAGCCAGUAGACUUACAGAAAAAGAAGAAGCAGAAACAACGUUCUCCUGCAAAAAUCCUUACAAUAAAUGAGGAUGGAUCACUUGGUUUCAAAACCCUUAAAUCUCAUGUUUGUGAGCACUGCAAUUCUGCCUUUAGAAUGAACUAUCACUUACAGAGACAUGUCUUCAUUCCUUCAGGCAAAAAAAACACAUUUCAAUGUAGUCAAUGUGACAUGAAUUUCAUACAGAAGUACUUGCUACAGAGACAUGAGAAGAUUAAUAUGGGUGAAAAACCAUUUCACUGUGAUGAAAGUGGUGAUGAGACAAACCAUGCUUCUGCCACAUCAACACAGGACUUUUGUGAUCAAGUGACUUCUCAGAAGAAAGCUGAGGCUCAGUGUGUCCACCAAGCUUACCAAAUGAGAUCCUUUGAACAGCCUUUCUGUGCUCCAUACCAUGGAUCGAGAGCUGCCAAUGGACAGGUGAACCUUCAGGGACCAGGGACAAGUGCUGAAUCUCCAGAAUUUCCCUUGGUGAACGUAAAUGGUAAUAGAGCUGGGAUGACAGCUUCACCAGAUACCACAACUGGACAGACUUUUGGCUAA